GUUAGCGGCCUCUACGUACUACCCGUUGAUGAGCAGCUACUCAUACCGAAGUGAAAGUGGCCCAGAACUGAUAAGGCAAAACUGAGUAGCAUCUCAUACCACACAUCGCACACAAAGGCAAACGUCAUCGAGAUGACUGAUCAGGAAAUCGAUAAGAGUGAGGUUAAUGGAAGUUCGACAAAACGCAACCCAACCGAUUCGCAACGAAUCGAAAUCCAGCACAUCCAGCUGCACGAUGUGGCCAGCUACGAGGAAAAACCAAAGGUUUACACCUACAACGAAGCACUGGAACUGGUCGGCACCGGCCGAUUCCACACGCUGCUCCUGUUCGUGUCCGGCUUUUGUCUGAUGAGCGUAAUCAACGAGACGCUAAACAUGGGCUACAUCAUCUCCGCUGCGCAAUGCGAUCUCGACUUGAGUUUCUCCGACAAGGGAAUGCUAAAUGGAGCGGCCUUCUGCGGAGUGGUCGUCAGCUCGCACCUUUGGGGAUUCCUUUCGGACACCUGGGGCCGCCGAAAGGUGCUCCUGCUGGCUACCAGCUGCGGUCUACUGUUUUCGAUUCUUUCCAGCUUUUCCAUCAACUUCUGGAUGCUGACCGUGACGCGGUUUUGUGUCGGUUUUUUCAUUUCCGGUAACGCUGCUACCUCUUAUGCAUACCUGGCGGAAUUUCACACGGAUAAAUCCCGUGCCAAGGUAAUCUCGUGGGCGGCCAUGUUUAUGGCCCUCGGAACAAUCUACCUCCCGUUGAUGGCCUGGUUCAUUAUACCGCUGAGUGCCAAUUACAGUCUGUACAUUGAAGCGCUCGGAGCUCAGUACAACCUAUGGCGGGUCUAUUUGAUGCUCUGUUCCCUGGCCAGUGUACUCAUCAUCUGCGGAAUGUUCUACCUGCCGGAAAGUGGAAAAUUCCUGCUCACCACAACCGGAGAAAAGGACAAAGUGAUACAGAUUUUGGCCAAAAUUUAUCGCUGGAACAGCGGAAAUCCCGAACAUACAUUCCCGGUGAAAUCUAUCGCCCUGGAUGCCAUCGACAGUGCCUUCGCCAGCGAAAUGCAGCGCAAAUCGAGCCUCGGGCUGCGGUACGUGUGGGAACAGACGGUUCCAUUGUUGCAGCGGCCCCUGGUUGGCAACACCGUGCGGGCGGCCUUUCUCAUGUUCGGCCUCUUUAUAGCGUCCUCCGGUUUGCUGAUGUGGAUGCCGGACAUUUUGAACAUGUACGUCAAUUACCAGCAGAGCCGAAUCACCAUCUGCCAGGUGGUGGAAAUAAUACACCGGAAUCGAACCACCCUACCGACCGACGGAGUCGGAAGCGCCACCUGUUCGACGGAUAUCGAUGCUUCGAUUUUCGUUAUUUCCACGGUAAUAGGAGUUUUGUUUCUACUGUGCUACAUCCUCAACGGGGCCAUCAUCAAUCUGGUGGGGAAAAAACUAUUACUGAACAUCUGGUACGUGGCGAGCGGCGUAUGCGGAAUCGGUGCACUGUGGACUUCCGAUUUCUACCUGACGCUGCUGGUGAUCGUGGUUUUCCUCGCCGUUGGCUGCUGCGGAUCGGUGCUCAGCGCCAUAUCGGUUGAUCUAUUUCCAACUAAUUAUCGAGCAAUGGCUCUCUGUCUGAUACUGAUGACCGGCCGGCUCGGAGCCAUGAUCGGCAGCAAUCUGGUGGGCUUCCUGCUCACCUACAACUGUGAUCUAAUCUUCAUACUGCUCGGAGGUCUACUAAUCGUUUGCGCUCUAAUUGGGACGACCUUACCGGGAAAGUGACGGAGUGCCAUUUCAAAAAUGCUGCCAAAGAGACCAAACCAGACCAGAGAGGUAAAUAGUACGAGCAUAUCAUCUUUGUCAUCGGAGUCAUCAUCAUCAUCAUCGUUCCGGUUCGAUUCAUUUGUGCGAUCAUCACCCGGCUGGACGGGACGGGACUGUGGACUGGACUGGAAUCACAACUAUAGCUAAUGUAUACUCUGUAUGGCGUAGGCCAAUCAAAGCUAAAACUAAGCAUGCAGGAGGAAAGCUUGCGCAUCUGUACUCGAA